AUAUAACAUAGCAGAACCUACAUAUGAUAGGCUACGUCACCAACGAAUUUGUACAUAGAUUUUGUGUUACAUAUUUUUCUACUUCCGUUACUAAUUCUCAGACAACAAUCAUUUUAAUGCUUUGUAUUCUUUUAAACCAAGUGACUUAAGAAGUUUCCUCUUUAAAAAUGGGAUCUUCUCAUAGUAUCGAAAUACCAGGAGGCGGCACAGAAGGUUACCAUAUAUUGAGGGUACAGGAAGGUUCUCCUGGUCAGAAAGCUGGACUGGAAGCAUUCUUUGACUUUAUUGUAGCUAUUGGAAAUACACGCUUGAAUCAAGAUAAUGAUACGUUAAAGGAGCUUCUCAAAAAUGGUGUAGAUAAAAAACUAACAAUUACAGUAUAUAGCAGUAAAACACAAUCUGUAAGACAAACUGUUGUAGUACCUAGUCUCACAUGGGGUGGACAGGGUCUCCUUGGUGUUAGUGUAAGGUUUUGUUCUUUUGAAGGUUCCAAUGAAAAUGUUUGGCAUAUUCUUGAAGUACAUCCAUCUUCUCCAGCUGAAUUAGCAGGUCUACGUCCAUUCACAGAUUAUAUUAUUGGUGCUGAUUCAGUUUUACACGAGUCUGAGGAUAUAUUUACUUUAAUAGAAGCACAUGAAUCACGACCUUUGAAAUUGUACAUAUAUAACACAGAAGAUGAUUCUUGUAGAGAAGUUACAAUUACACCCAAUCAUACUUGGGGUGGAGAAGGAAGUUUGGGUUGUGGAAUUGGUUAUGGAUAUCUGCACAGAAUACCCAUUAGAAACAUUCAAGAACAUAAAUCAAAUAAUUUGUAUACAUCUCGUGUUAAAACUACUAAUCCAAAUCCAGUUACAUCAAGCAUUGCUCACACAGAAGAAAGUAAUGUGAUUAACAUACCACCAGGUUUCUCUAUUCCGCCGAAUUACAUGUCAGCGCAAGAAAAUGUUACAAAAUCCGAAGUUGAAACUACUUCUACUACAAUGGUGCAAAAUAUAUACACAUCGAGUGUACAAACAUAUACUAUGCCUCAAUUGAAUCCUGCUGCUAUUGGAGGAUCUACUACUACUAUUUCUGUGUCUCAUGUUAUGCCUAAUCAAACUGUUGUAAAUACGACAUGUAAUAAUGAUCCUAUCAUGCCAUCGUCACAUCAAAAUACAAUGCCGAAUAUACCUGGUAUGCCAACUACUCCACCUUUGCCAACUUUUACUACUAAUGCGACAGUUUUAAACGAAGCAACUGGUGUUGUUGGUAUGCCGAAAGAUUUCACAACUGUACAGAGUGAUAUAUCACCAUCAGUACAGUUUGAUGUGCCUCAAUCUCACGUAGUAACGACGCCUAUAUCGUUACCUGGGAUGCCACCUAUUACCGUUAGUGCAAGUCUACCACAGAAUUCUUCUUUCUAUCCAUCUGUUCUCCAGCAAAAUGAAUUGACUGGUGUUAGUACAGCUCCUACAUUUACGGUGCCACCAACAACAACGCAGUAACGAUUAUAUUAUUUCUAAUGAAAAAAGAUAUCUGUUUUAUAAUAAAGUAAAUAUUGAAGAAUAAAAGUAAAAUAAAGAGCGUAAUGUAUCUAUUACGAAUACAUGUAUUACUAUA